UGAUUGUAACUUCCUUUUCGGAAACCCUAAAAAGCCUCCUCACGUUGUUCUCCAACUCGUAUUCACCGGACGUUACGCAUGUUUUCCGACGACUCCAAAAUGGUUUCGGUUAACCAUUUCAUAUUGAAUAAUCCCGUACAACCACAAUUCAAGCUUCUUCGAUUAUAACUGAACCCAUUCAACACUCCAUCAUCGCUUAAUAAUUCGUUUCUAAAUGAUCCGACGUAACCGUCUUGUUCCCCGGCCUCGGGUAACAACUUUGACAAAAAUUCGUAUAAAUAAACUCUUUGAAAGAUUAUUCGGACCUUUCUGUACACACUCAUAUCCCGGCCUCUGCAAACUCUUGCUUGAGUCUGUGCAUCGUUGGAGACUCGUAGAACUCCGGCAACGUGAUUCCUUGCAUCUCUUCGUCAUUAGGUUUUUGUCAUCCAAAAAACAAAGAUGGCCCUCAAUGGUGUCUCAGCAUUAAUCCAACCGGACUAUGACCGGAAAGCGGAGCUCAGGGCGUUCGACGAAACCAAAACCGGCGUCAAAGGACUCGUUGAUGCCGGAAUAACCGAAGUCCCUAGAAUAUUCCAUCUACCUUCACCCGAAAACCUCAACUCCCAACAACCCGAGCUAACUCUUCCUACCAUCGACCUCCAAGGAAUCGAUAAUAAUCUGAUACGACGAAAGGAGGUGAUCGAGCAAGUGAAGGGUGCGUUGGAGAGCUGGGGAUUCUUUCAGGUGGUGAAUCAUGGAAUCCCAAAUAGUGUACUGGAGGAGAUGAUGAAAGGGGUGAGAGAUUUUCAUGAGCAAGAGACAGAGGUGAAGAAGAAGUGGUAUGCAAGGGAUAUGAGGGAUAAGACUAGGGUUGAGUACAACAGCAACUUUGACUUGUAUGCUGCACCGGUGACUAACUGGCGAGACACCUUCUACUGCACCAUGGCUCCUAACCCACCCCAACCACACGAGUUGCCACCACCAUGCAGAGAUAUUUUGUUGGAGUACACGGAACAAGUAAUGGAACUUGGGACUUUUUUAUUCGAGUUGAUAUCUGAGGGUCUUGGGCUUGACCCCAAUCACCUUUUGAACAUGGGAUGUGCGGAUGGGCUUGCUGUUCUUGGUCAUUACUACCCUCCUUGUCCGCAACCUGAAUUAACAAUCGGAACCCAAGGGCACACAGACAACGAUUUCAUCACAAUUCUUUUACAAGAUCAUAUUGGUGGCCUUAAGAUCUUUUAUGAGAAUCAAUGGACUGACGUUCCUCCUAUAACGGGUGCUCUUGUAGUGAAUGCUGGCGAUUUUCUACAGUUGAUUACAAACGACAAGUUUGUGAGUUCGCAACACAAAGUGGUGGCAAACAAGGUUGGGCCAAGAGUAUCAGUGGCGUCAUUCUUCACCACGGGUGCAAUUCCGAUAUCAAAGGUGUAUGGACCAAUCACUGAGCUACUUUCAGAAGAUACUCCGGCCAAAUAUAGAAACGCAACACUGAAAGAACAUGUAGAAUACUUUAGGGCAAAAGGACUUGAUGGCUCUCCUGCCCUUUUGCAUUUUAAGAUUUAACUCGUUUGGAAGUGAAAUCAUGAUCUAUAUCUCCAUGUUCAUCUUAUAUAAUUCAAUCUAUCUUGGAACAAUGUACUAUUUGGGACUUCGAGCGCCUAGCUCCUAGCUGGCCUCUCCUUUU